AAAAAAAAAAAACAGGACGAUUUGUCUAAUGUUGAUGACGUAUUUUUUAGCGCGCCUCACCUCUUAAUACCAAUACACAAUACAUCCAUGAGUAGGACUGUUGUUUCUAACGAUACUCUAAACCUCUUAAACUCAUCACCGCAAAUUUAACGGUAUCCAUCACUGAUGUCUCAACAACCACAACAAACGGCGCCCUCUGCCCCGGACUCACCUGCGCUGGUGGUCACCAGUAACGUGCAGAAAUACGCCAUCAAGAAGAAGAAAGUCCUCAGUGCUGAAGAGGCAGAGCUGUUUGAAGUAACCCAGGCUGCAGGCAUCACCAUGGACCAAGAGGUCUUCAAGAUCAUAGUGGACCUGUUAAAGAUGAAUGUGGCUCCUCAAGCAGUCUUCCAGACUCUGAAGGCGAUGUGUGCAGGCCAGAGGGUAGCUGACAGCUGCGGCGGCGGGGAGACUUCAACUGCCUCCCACACCACUAGCAUCACCACAGCACCAACAGAGGCAAGAGAAGAAGACUCUUUGGUCUCUGGAAAGAGCCCUAAGCCUCCUGCAGCUCCCCCCUCAGCGUCUGUCCCCAGAGCCACAAGGGUCAACACUAAGAUUGUGGUCUACGGCCCCCAAGACGCUAGCGCUCCUCACUCUCAAGUGCGCGGUAAAGCUGGAGCGAGCCACGGCGAGAAGAGCAGAGAGGCGUCCAGCCAGCGAGUGCAGCGGCAGCCCAGCGCCACCAGAGGGCAGAAGACUAAGAGCUCCGGCAGCAGCAGUUCCUCCUCUCAGAUAAACUCCACAUGAGACCUCAGGUCAAUAUAUGUACGGAAGAGGAUUAGGGACACAUGGAAAAAUGCAUUGAUUACUGAGUUUAAUGUCAGCAUCCUGAGAAUAAAGUCAGAAUUCUGAAAAUAAAGUCAGAAUUCAAAAAACAAAAAAACAAAUUUUGACUUAAAAAAAAAAUUGUCAGAAUUCUGAGAAUAAAGUCAGAAUUCUGACUUUAAUCUCAGAACUCAAAUACUUUUUUUCACACGUGGCCCUAAUCCUCUACUGUAAAUAUGAGACCGUUUGUAAAUAUGUAGUUUUCUUUACAUUUAAGUUAUCUGUGUGCUUGACUGUUCAAUGUGUUUUAAAGGGUUGGUUUACCUAAAUUACAAAAAAAUUGUUAAUGCUGCUUACAGUAUUGGAAUCUAAAAAAUCCGUCUUUCCAUAAACAAUGUCCAGAUAACCUAGGAUCAGUGGGUUUUCAUAGUCAGCACUGUUGUUUUCUUUUAGCCUGUAUUUGUGUUUUACAUUUUGGCAAAUUGGCACCACUAAAAAUAUGCCAUUUAGCUUUUAGCAGCUCCUGUUUGCAGUGUACCCAUGUAUAUCCAGACAACUAUCACUGGAUUAGUCCAGAAGUUAUAAGGAGCAUCUUUUUUUCCCUAGGAUUUCUAAGUGGAUUUAUGGACAUUUAUCUAAGAGAGACAUCAGAUAUAAUGAUAUCCUCGAAAAGUGUACGUCACACUGGAUCUAAAAUAUGUGUACCAUGUCUGUGUGUUUAGAUUUGACUGAGAUGUCGUUAAUCGGGUGCUAAAGUACCUUUUAAUUUCCUUUCACGUCAUGCCUAACGGGGCCUCUGGAUAAUUCACAAACCUCACUGUGAACAGUUUUUGUAGGGACUAUUUCUUUGAUUCAACACACAGUUCCAUUGAAAACCGUUUACAGUGAGGUCAGCCUCAUCUUAAAUAGAUAUCUUAAAACCUUGAAUUUUCUUUUGUAAUUUGGGUAAACCAAUCCUUUAAAGUUCUAACAUAAUGUAAGGAGGUCCUGAGUGUCUCCUCACUCACUCUCGUUCUUACUGGAAGGUCUGCAAAGUUUUGUUGCCUUGUAACUUUUAUGAGACAGGCAGAAAAGAAGAAAAAAACAAAUAAAUAUUUACAUUUUCUACUGAAAAAUGUAAACAUCUGUAUUCAAUAUGCAACUUUUUAUAAAGUGAUUCAUCUUUAAUAAAUCCAAUAACAAUA